AUGUUGCUGAAAAGGAGUGAAGAUUUGCAUCUUGACCUAAAGGGACAUGAAGGCAUCAAGAGUGUACUUGCGGAGUUAAAUAAUGGAGAAGAAUUUUCAAAUUUAAAGAGAGUUGAUGUCAUAAUCAGAAUGGAGGAGUAUUCCACAAGUUUUGAGCCGGUACCACUUUUCAAUAAACAGACAAGUCUUUGGAUUUCGAAUUUGAGGAGGUUGAUCAUCAAUGGAUGCGGUAACUUGGAGCAUCUGUUAUCACCCUCUGUAGCCAGGAGGCUGGAGCAGCUCCAAUGCUUUGAGAUAAAGGAUUGCAUGCGCUUAAGGGAGAUAAUAUUUACAAAAGAAAUAGUAGAAGAAGAAGAAAGGGAAGAUGUGAUUUGUUUCCCUCAAUUAAAUUCCCUGCAUAUAAAGGGUAUUCCAGACCUCAUUUUCUUCUGCUCUGGAAAUUUUAAUAUCGAAUUCCCUUUGUUGAAAGAGUUAAACAUUGAGGAUUGCCCGAAUUUAAAAGAAUUCAUCAGUAGAAGUAGUUCUGAGUCCGGCAUGCAUACUCUCUUCAAUGAGAAGGUUGCUGUUCCUAGCUUGGAAACGAUGACAAUCUCCGAGUUGAGUAAUGUGAAGAUGAUAUUUCAUACUGACCUACCACCAAAUUCUUUUCAACAUCUACGAGAAUUAAGUGUUUCAGGGUGUGAGAUUUUGAAAAAUCUAUUUCCAGCGUCUAUAGCUAAACAUCUUUUACAACUUGAAGAUUUAAGCAUAAGUGAUUGUGGGGUGGAGGAGAUUGUAUCGGAAGGGAAAGGAUUAGAGGAUCAACCUGUGAGGUUUGAGUUUCCCAAAGUGUCUUCACUUGAGGUUACAUCCCUAAAAGAGCUCAAAUGUUUCUAUAAAGGGCAACAUACAAUUGUGUGGCCAAUGUUGAAAAAAUUGACCACAGAUGGUUCUGCUUUGCUAAUGAUAAUGGGUUUAGAAGAUGUUAGAAUCCAAGAAAGAAAGAGAAAUGGGGAGGCAGCUUUGGUGGUCGAAGAGGUCAUUCCCAAUUUAGAACAACUUGAGUUACCACAUCUUAGUGAUGAAGGCCAGUUUCCACUGAACUUUUUUCACCACGUUAAAGUUCUUAAAGUGAAUGGUGGCUUCGGGGAUGGAUUUCCUAUAUUUCCUUUCCUGAGAAAAAUCUGCAAUCCAGAAAGUCUUGAUCUUGAGUGUUUUAGUUUCAGAGAUGGACUCCCUUGUACGGGAGACGUUGGGACUCCGUCACGAAUAAAAAAAUUGAAUUUGUCUAAUCUCAGAAAUCUGCAGCGUAUGUGGAGGAAAGAUUCAGAGCUUGGCCAUAUUCUUUCUAAUCUCCAAACACUCAGAGUUAUGUUUUGUCAUGAUUUGAUCAAUAUUGGAGCCUCCUCAUUAUCUUUUAAAAAUCUCACAACUUUAAAGGUGUCAAAUUGCGAAAUGAUGACAAACUUAGCUACACCCUUAAUAGUUGAGAGUCUUGUGCAAUUAACAACAAUGGAGGUAAGCAACUGCACUAAAAUGACAGAAAUAGUGGCACACGAGGGAGACUACCGUCAAACAAUAGUUGUUGGUAAAUUGAAAUGCUUGAAACUAAGCAAACUACAAAGCCUUACAAGCUUUUGUGGAGGGAGUUACACCUUCAACUUUCCUUAUUUGGAAGAAGUAGUUGUGGAAGUAUGUCCUAAAUUGAAGAUCUUUUCUGAGGGAGUUUUAAACACCCCACAAUUGCAAAGUGUAAAACCGGAUAGUUUCGAUAUGAAAGGGUGUUGGGCAGGUGACUUGAAUACCACCUUACAACUGCUGAACAUAAAAAAGGUACGGAGUUAA